GCAAAAAUACAAUUAACUAAAAUGGAUCAGCACAGUGCAGACAACUGCAAGUGUCAUAAGCAGACGCAGCCGGCGCAGCAGACGCUUAGUGACAUGGAUUUCGAUCGCGGCAUCUGGAAUGCGGCAAUUUACAAUGAAGUGGAACGCGUGCGUGACUUCAUCAAGAAGGGUCAAGCAAUGGCGCGCGAUGAUUGCAACUACACCGCGUUGCACUAUGCGGCACGUAAUGGUCAUGAGGAGAUCUGCAAGGUGUUGUUACAAGAGGGCAAGGUGGAUGUAAAUGCUGUAACCAAAGCAGGCGCUACAGCUCUACAUCGUGCUGCGAUGAUGGGACAUCUUAACAUAGUCAAGUUGCUGGCGCAGCAGCCGCAGGUAAAUCUGCUGCUGCAGGACGAGUGUGGACAGAGCGUUUUGCAUCGUGCUGCCUUGCGUGGACAUCUGGAUGUGUGCCGCUUUCUGCUCGAACAGCAGCCAGAGCUUAAGCUGCUCAAGGAUAAGAAGGAUAAAAUUGCAUACGAGUAUAUCAUGGCGAAUGCCAACGAUGAUUUCAAACUGCUCUUGAAGCCCUAAAUUGUAUGAAAAGCUUUUAAUUUUUUGUUUUUCUUCGUAGCUUUGCUUUCUUAUGCAUAGCCGAGCAACAUUGAGCUAAACUAAUUGUUAAGUAAUGCAAAUUUUUAACUUAUGCAGAGUAUUGUAUGCAUAUUUCCGAGUAGACCCCAUAUAUGCCCAUAUUCUCCCUCUUUAAAAUGUAAGCGUAAAAAUAUUAUUAAUACUUCUUUGUAUUUCGUAAAUUGUUUCAAUUGUUUCUGUUUAUCCGCAUAGACAUUUAAAAUCGAACUUUUUGAACAUUACCCAAGCAUUUGCAUUUGGUAUAAUAUUAAAAUGUAAUACAUUUAGUAUAUUUUAAUAAAUAUAUAGCGUUGUUAUGUACAUGCCUCUACAACCAUUAAAUGUGUCCUUUCAAAUGUGCCCCAAGCUGUUAUAAGCAAAGCUGUAGUGAAUCAUGUGCUAUUGUUAAUGUUUCGUGAUUCAUUUACAGCUGCAAGUGUGUAUCAAUUUUGUAAUCAUGCCUGAAUAACUACACUAUAUACACAUAUA